AUGCCCCGACAAGGAAUCGACACGGCGGAAAAACUCCGACUCUAUGUGGAAGAGUUCGGCCCUGAUGUCUUUAGCACGAACGGGGAAAGUCUCACGUGCGACGUUUGUCGCAAAUCUGUGAAGGCUACGAAAAAGUACUUCCUGCAACAGCACGUGCGAGGUUCCAGACACUUGGCUCGUCUGAAUUCCAGGGACCUGCACAGCCUUCCUCCACAAGCAUCGCAACAACAGUUGGUGCAACUUUCUCCGCGAGAAAAUCCCUUCAAUAUGGAUGUGUGUCGGAUGUUUGUGGAAUCGAAUAUUCCUCUCUACAAAGUUCAGCAUCCUUCUUUCCGGGGCUUCAUGGAGAAGUACUGCGGAAAAGUGCUGCCAGACCACACCACGUUGAGGAAGACGUAUCUAAAGAAAGUUUACGAUGAAACCUUACUGAAAAUCCGAGCUUCCGUGGGAGAACACCGCAUCUGGGUUUCGAUCGACGAAACCACAGACGUCAAAGGUCGCUUCGUCGUAAACACAGUCGUAGGUUGUCUCUCUGCGCAGCACCAAUCAAGAGCUUUCCUUUUGAAUACGGAAUUCGUGGAGAGGACGAAUCAUUCUACCGUUGCUCAAGCCCUCGUCAACUCUCUGAACCUGCUCUGGCCUGAGGGGCUCCGCAAUGACAAAGUCCUUCUGCUAGUCACUGAUGCGGCGGCGUACAUGAAGAAAGCGGGCGAUGCGUUGAAGGUCCUUUUCCCGAAGAUGACCCACGUGACUUGCGUUAUCCAUGCAAUGCACCGUGUCUGUGAGGAGAUUCGCGUACUUUUCCCGGCAGUCGAUAAUUUGAUCGCGAAUGUCAAGAAAAUUUUUUUGAAAGCUCCUUCUCGCGUUCAAACCUUUCGACUUCUAGCGCCGAAUAUCGGUCUCCCUCCACAACCGGUCCUCACUCGCUGGGGCACGUGGUUGGCAGCAGCUCUGUACUACGCAGAGAACUUCGAGGCUGUCCUGUGUCGAUGCUAG